AUGAGGGAGAAGAGGAGGGAGAAGAUGAGGGAUAAGAUGAGGGAGAAGAUGAGGGAGAAGAUGAGGGAGAAGAUGAGGGAGAAGAGGAAGAGGAGGGAGAAGAGGAGGGAGAAGAUGAGGGAGAAGAGGAAGGAGAAGAGGAGGGGAGAAGAGGAGGGAGAAGAUGAGGGAGAAGAGGAGGGAGAAGAUGAGGGAGAAGAUGAGGGAGAAGAGGAAGGAGAAGAUGAGGGAGAAGAGGAGGAGGGAGAAGAGGAGGGAGAAGAUGAGGGAGAAGAUGAGGGAGAAGAGGAGGGAGAAGAUGAGGGAGAAGAGGAAGGAGAAGAGGAGGUAGAAGCUGAGGGAGAAGAUGAGGGAAAAGAUGAGGGAGAGAGGAGGGAGAAGAGGAGGGAGAAGAUGAGGGAGAAGAUGAGGGAGAAGAGGAGGGAGAAGAUGAGGGAGAAGAGGAGAGGAGGGAGAAGAGGAGAAGAGGAGGGAGAAGAUGAGGGAGAAGAUGAGGGAGAAGAGGAGGGAGAAGAUGAGGGAGAAGAGGAAGGAGAAGAGGAGGGAGAAGAUGAGGGAGAAGAUGAGGGAGAAGAGGAGGGAGAAGAUGAGGGAGAAGAGGAGGGAGAAGAGGAAGGAGAAGAGGAGGGAGAAGAUGAGGAGAAGAUGAGGGAGAAGAGGAGGGAGAAGAUGAGGGAGAAGAUGAGGGAGAAGAGGAGGGAGAAGAUGAGGGAGAAGAGGAGGGAGAAGAUGAGGGAGAAGAGGAGGGAGAAGAUGAGGGAGAAGACGAGGGAGAAGAGGAGAAGAGGAGGGAGAAGAUGA